UUUCAUUCAUUGUUUAUGGCUUAACAAAAUAUGGCGGCUGUCGUAGCAACAGCCGAUAUGACGAUUCAAAAGAAUUCUCAGAUUUUAGUUAAUGUAGAAGAAGCUUUAGCUGAUUUAAUUGUUGUAUCGUAUUGCACUGAGGAUAAAAAGUUUCAAGGUGUGCUCCUGGACUCCAACAAAGGUAAUUUACCAUAUGGUGUCUAUAGCCUCAACCCAGCGUUCAGUAAACAGGUUGAAUCCACAAAUGAGAGUGAUAAGUUGCAUUCCGUUAGCCAAAGGUUCACCUACCAAGAGCCUCAAUAUGAGGGCGAAAACUCGCAGAAAUCAAGGAAACCAGCUGCGAAAGGUAAACAGCAACAAAAGAUGACCGUAAGACUACGACCUCGAAAGGUCUUGUGUUCUAACUGCCAAGGGAUUUGUAAUGAGAAUAAUGAAAAUGUAGACGUGUCUAAAAAACGUAAGAUAGAAUCUGAUGACGAUACAUCACACUUCUCUGACUCAUCAAGGACAGAAAAGAAAUAUUUAAUGGGCAGCAUGCUUAUACCCAAGCUGUCCAGGCUGCAGCCCAGUGAAAUCACGAGCGCAGUAAAGGGCGCAGCGAAAACUUCUACUAAGGCUAGUGACAAAUCAAUUAAAACUAAGAAAUCUAAUACAGAGACUGUAACACAAGAAAUGGCGUUUGUCAGUGUAUCUGAGGAUAUGGAAGGCGACAAGGAUGAUGUGAAAGAUGAAAAUGGCAUUUCUUUUAGUUCUAUGUUUUCUAGUGCAAAAACUCUAAAAAUAUGUUUUGGAGAAGGUGAAGGGACAGUAGUUAAGAUACCACCACUUACAGGAGAUUUUAAUGAAGAUUCAGGUGUGUCAUGUGAUAUGGGAAAGCCAACUAAACCUGACUCAAAAGCAGCUAAAAAGGCAUUGAAGAAAGCAAAAAAGCAGGCGAAAAAGAGUAACUCUGUAGAAAAAAGUCAAAAUGUACAAUCACCAAAACAUAUUGGAGCAUUAUCGCCACAUAACAAUGCAUCAAGUCCCACACUGGACCCUUUAGAAAAGAAACAAAAGCAUAAAGUAAAACAUAAAAAGAAGUAUAAGAAUCAGAAGAAGCGUGAUGAAAACACAAGCAAAUGUGGAGAGAGUGAAUCAGUGGACUAUUUUAGUGAUAUUAAAGAGCACUGUAUGAACCAGAAGCUCUCCAUAAGCUUACGAAGACUAAGUAGUAAUUCUCAUGAAAAGCAGAGUGAAAAUGAUCCUAUAGAAAGUAGUUCAGAAGACUGGGACAAUGAGGUUGUGCCAGAUUUCCCUGCAAAUGGUACGGAGGGUGUUGGUGGCAGGUUGCUACGGGUUUCUGUUGGUGAUGUAGUGUGGGGCAAGGUGGUAGGGUUCCCAUGGUGGCCAGGCAAGGUUCUCAAUGUCACACCAUCAUCUAGGGCACAUGUGGCAUGGUACGCUUCAACCACCUCAUCUCUCAUGCCAUGUGAUAGCUUGAGUCCAUUUUUAGAAGAUUUUAAGUUACGAUUUUUGAAGAAAAAGCGGGGACCAUACAAAGAGGCUGUAAUACAAGCAACACUUGAAGCUAAGAGGAAUGAAUCUCAUGUAACCGAUCCACUAGCGAGCCCAACGCACACACUGGCCACGGUAUCACCUCGACCCAUCGAUGUGUUCUCUUAGACUAAGGUGCAUCCGAAUUUAUUCAAAGUCAUGUGAUAUUUAAUACAUAAUUACUUGAUUUAUCUGCACAAAUAGUGUUUCUUAAUGUGAUUUAGUUGUUGCACUGCAAAUGAAGAUUAAGGUAAUAUUUUAAGCUUUUUUUUUAAUUGUUCAAAUUUUCUGUCAGUUUUUCUAUAUUCUACUGAACUUUGAAUUCAUUUAUUCUUUUAAUAUUCCAUCUGGAAAUAUUUAAAUCAACAACUUUCAGCGUAAGUUAUCUAUCAUUGAUAUUGAAACAGCAAUAUUUAUUUAAUUUAAAUUCCAGUGUAACAACUAUUUAGACAAAAAUCGUGUUCGUAUUCAGAAUAACGCCAUUUUGCAAAUAAUAUUCCACUUAUGAUGUGAACUGCCACUUAGAAAGACCUAUGUUAAGUUAGGAGCUAGCAGUCUUGUACCAACAUACCUUAAUGGACUGCAAAUACACAUUUUGUAGUUAGCUUUCUAAAUAAGGAGUAAAUUAAUUAAUAAUAUAAAUAAUUUCCUGUAUAGGUAUAUCCAAAUGUUCAAUAUUCUUAUGUAUAAAACUAUAAAAAAACAUUUUUAUGUUGAUUUUGAGAAUUUAACAAAUAUUUUGUUUACAAUACUUGUAGUCUUUAAAAUUGAGAUUCAUGAAAUAUUCUUCAACGAAAGAUAGGUGACUGUAUUCCAAUGGUUAAUAAAUAUUGUAUACUCAUAUACAUAUAUUUUUAGGAUAAUCUCGCGUGAUUUAUGCUUAUUAAAAACAAAGGGAUAUUAUGAUAGUAAAUAUUAGGCGGUGGUCUGUUCAGAAAUAAGGUUCUAAGCUUGGAUAUCUGUUCAUUAAUAGGUUGUGCACGACACAUUUAUUUAGUUAGAUUUACGCAAAUGACAAUGUUUGCUCGGAAACCAUAUCUAACGGAAAUGAAAAAAAUUACCUGCGCAUAAAACAUUUUUUUAGCAAUUGAUAUGUAUUACAUAUGUAACUACUUGUGUAAAAACAUUUUAUAUAAUCACUGAGUGUUCAAUAUUAAAUAGACCAAAUGAUAUACAAUUCAUAAAAUUUAGAAUAGUUAUAAUAUAUUCAACCGAUAAUUAUAAUGGUGACAGUUAUCGUUAUUGAAUUUGUUCCUUGAAAAUUGUAUGGGCACCUUACUCAAGCUGCUUAUAAAAAGCAAUGGUAAAUAACAUACAAAAUACAGUGCCAUUAAUAUUUCAGUGUAUUGAGCAAGAUCUUGAGGUUUGAAGCAAACGAAAUUAUAAUUAGUUUCUUUUAUUCAAUCUCGGUCUUGAACUAAAAAGUUUAAUUGCUUUUUUGUUGUUGCUUAUCAAUAUUGUUGUUAUAUUAUAACAAGUACUUACAACAGUUAAAAAUAUUGAUCUAAUACUUAUAAUUAUAUAUGUAUUAUUGAAACUUAUGGCCAUUCCUUUAUCGUCUGGUCUCUUGGUUUUAAAUUUUAUUAUUAUGUUCCAUAAUAUCUACAUUUUUUAUUAUUUUACUUAAAAAACUAUAUGUUUUGUAAAUAUCCAGUUUUAUAUUUCUAUUUUAAAACCAAGAGAAAGAUUUUGUUAUUUACUUUUUAAGUAAUUUAGUUCCGUUUAAAAAGAUUUAUGUGCAUUCAUGUUUUGAUUGGUUGCUAAAUAAUUAUGAUACUUUAAUUUUACAAAAAUAACCAUAGAACUUUAAUUAAAGAGAUUGUGAUGUAGGCUCUAUACAUUUUCUUUUAUAGGUGAUAAAAAGUACUAAAAUUGUUUGUUUUAAAAUGUCAGGUUACUUGUAUAGAGAUCGGUUGCUGGUACAGAUGGGCAAAUUACUGGUGUACGAUUUUAGUAUAAGUGAGCACACUAAUUAAUAUGUAUUUAUUACUGUGCUCACUUGUCUAUGGACCUGUCUGUACCGAUUAUGUGGUUCACUAUGUAAGAACCAUAUUUUUAAUAAGCAUUAAAAAUAUACAAAUGUAUAUUGGUGUUCAGGCUGUUUUAAAGUUAUGUACAUUAUGUUAAUUUUUUUUAUUGUACCUAUCUUCAAGCUUCUUCAGGGCGAGGUAGUCAGAAACACUUGCAAAGGAAAGGAAUUCUGCCAAAGAAUAUUGAUCUUUGCCCAACUUGUGGUGAAUUAAGCUAUUUGUUCAUUAUUAUUAUUAAACUAUUAUUGUGUACAUAAUAUUCAGAAUAAAUCCGUAUUUUAUUAGUGUAGUUUGCUACAGUGUAUCAUCUUAUCAUUACAGGAAAUGUAUUUUUAAAAUAUAAACUCUUCACAAA